UGCAGUGCCGUUCUGACUGGCGGGUGUGUCGCACGUACGCGACGGUGUAGUAAUAAAAUAAAGUGAUGAAUGGAUAUAUUGUAAACAACAUUUAAUUCAAGAAAAUAAGAUAAAAAAACCACCAAAAUGGGUCACGGCGAGAAGAAAGGCACCAUAGUUUUGGAAAACUUUAAUUCCACUGCCAACCUCGCAUCAAAUCCUGGCUUCCAGUCAACAUUGAGCCUGGGGUCAAAAGAGGUCAUCAAUGAAAAGGCUUACAACCCCUUCGAACAUAGAAGGGUUGAACAUCCGAAUUCGACAAUCGGUUCCUUAGUGCACUUGCUGAAAUCUUCCCUGGGAUCUGGUAUCCUGGCGAUGCCAGCAGCUUUCAGGAAUGCUGGCCUGGCCGCUGGAGCGAUAGGAACCAUUGUCAUUGGAUUCAUUUGCACACACUGCGUUUAUGUACUGGUGAAAAUAUCACAUGAAGUUUGUGUGGAAGCCAAAAAGCCAUCAAUGGGAUUUGCUGAAACUUGUGGUGCGGCUUUCGAGUUUGGACCGAAAAGAUUAAGACCAUGGGCUAACUUCGCAAGGACAUUUAUCGACUGGGCACUCACAUGUACUUAUUUGGCGGCUCUUUGCGUAUACAUCGUUUUUAUAGCAGAGAACUUUAAAGAGGUACUAGACGAAUACAUACCGGAAUACAAGCUAUCUGUAGAAGCAUACUGCGCCUUGACUCUCGUACCUCUUGUCUUGAUAUGUCAGAUACGGAACCUCAAGUGGUUGGUGCCGUUCUCAGCGAUCGCCAAUGUGUUCCUGGUGAUAUGCUUCGCGAUAACUAUGUAUUAUAUCUUCACUGAUCUGCCGAGUCCUAAGGAACGAGAGAUGGUUGCUAGCGUGACGCAGUGGCCACUUUUUAUAAGCACGGUGAUCUUCGCAAUGGAAGGGAUCGGCGUAGUAAUGCCUGUGGAGAAUGAAAUGGCCAAACCUCAGCAGUUCCUGGGUUGUCCUGGAGUACUGAAUGUGGCUAUGACAAUUGUGAUAUCUCUGUAUGGUAUAGUGGGCUUCUUUGGAUAUAUGAAGUUUGGAGAUGACGUCCGUGGUAGUGUCACGUUGAAUCUACCGCAAGAUGAAAUACUCGCCCAAAGCGCAAAGAUCCUCAUGGCAUUGGCAAUUCUCUUCACAUACAGCCUUCAAUUUUACGUUCCUAUGGAAAUGAUAUGGAGACAAUUGCAAGACAAGAUUGCUGUCAAAUACCACAACUUCACCCAAAUUAGUAUACGAACUGGAUGUGUUAUAGGAUCUGUUGCGUUAGCCGCCGCGUUCCCCGACCUGGAGCUGUUCAUCAACCUCUGCGGCGCUAUCUUCCUCUCCAGCCUCGGCCUCCUCACCCCCGCCAUCGUCGACACCGUGCACAACUGGGACAGAGGCUUGGGCAUCUUCAAGUGGAAACUGUUUAAGAAUAUCUUCAUCACCAUGAUUUCCAUGGUCGCUUUAUUCGCAGGCUCCUAUUCGUCUAUCAGCGGAAUGAUUAGGAAGUUUAAUGCACCAAUGUUGGAAAUGAAUGCUACUAGUGUGUUAAAUGAUACGAUGGCGCUAUGAUACUUUAAGUUAAGGAUAGAAUUAGUUCUGUAUAUAAUUUUGACGCUGGUAAAAGCCAGGUUGUAAGUGAUGACAAAUUAAAUAGGUUGUGUUAUUUUUGACGUGCAGUUGCAUGUACGGUACAGAUUGUGGUCUUUGUUAUAAUAUAAAUGUUGAUGAAAAUUGAAAACAUUGAUUCUGUCCGUUUUAAAUAUUAUGUUAUUAAUAAAAUUAAUAUGCGGCUGUAAGUAUAUAUAUUAAUGUGUAAUAAGUACAAAUAACGAGCUGUUCAAUAACUAAUAUUAAGUAUUUUUAUUGUAUUAACAAUAUUUUACUGUGUACUAACAUACUAUUUUACAAGUCUAAACGACUCUAAAAUAGUUAAUCCGAUUUGACGCUGCAAGGCUAGAAGCGUGAACAAAUAUGUUUUGGCAGCUUUCUUUUAAAAUGUUUUCUGACUCUAUAGGAUUUUCACAGUCGAAAUGAAAAUAAAUUCGAUUUAUAUUUCCUAUUAUCUAUGUAACGUAUUAUUUAAAAUGCUAUUUCAUGACGUAAAUAUUUAAAAUUACUUUUUUCUUCUUCUUUAUGAUUUAUGUUUUAAUGAAAAUAAAGGCACAUACAAAUUCGAAUUGCAUGAAAACAAUUCGACGACAAUAUAGUAUUAUCACAGUAUUACAAUUGUGGUAUUAUCUUCGUAAGUAAAUAAUUAAACAUUUUCAAAUAAAUCAAAAGUUAAAGAAACAGAUUUUAAAAUUGUGAGAAAGAAGAAGGCUAGCCAUAGAUAACAAUUGAAAAAUACAAAGACGGUAGAGAGGAAUGUAAAUGAUUAUUUCUCGGGAAGUAGGUACAUACUUUGCUAUAAAAUUCCAUAUAAAUAUAUUAAAUAAAUAGCUGACCCACGCAACUUCGUCUGGAAUGUGUAAUAAGGAAGGAUAGAGUACAGCAAUAGUAAAAUCUAGUUCCAGAUAAGGAUUUUUUUUCACAUAAUAUUAUUUUUUUAUUAUUCGAUUUUUUCAUUGCCGAUAACAUCUCCUAUUGGUUGUUGCGUUUAUAUCUCCUAUUGGUUGUAUUGUAUAUAUUUUCCCGAUGAAGUUAAUUUAUCAAGCAUAAUAAUCACUACAUAAGUACAUAGUAUAAAACAAAGUCGAUUUCUCUGUCCCUAUGUCCCUAUUUAUGCUUAAAUCUUUAAAACUACGCAACGGAUUUUGAUGUGUUUUUUUUUAAUAGAUAGAGUGAUUCAAGAGGAAGGUUUUAGUAUAUUAUAAUUUAUUAGGUUUUACUCUUCACUUUUAUAAAACUAGUACUUACAGAAUAUGAUAAAAAUUAUUUUUUUUACGAAUUUUCUCUAUCAAAAUGAUUUUUAUUCCGACAUUAAGAUAAGAAUAGAUGCUGUGCGGAAUUUUCAAUAUAUUGUAUAUUUCAUUUUUUGAAAUGUUACCAAAUGAGAUCAAUAUUAUUAACUGACCACCAAAUGAUUAUAAUAAAAAUGUCGUACAUUUGUGUCCCCCUUGUAGCAUAAAACAGUAUUUACAUUAUACUAGCAAGUAGCAAAUAAAUAAAAAAAUAUAUAUAUAAAAUGCUUAGAUAUAUAAUGAAAUAUCUGCUUAAAUAUAUAAUGAAAUGCUUAGAUCAAAUGUAUAUAUUGUGUAUAUUAUAAUUUCUUGAAAUAUAAAAACCUUUUAAAUAUUUUUACUUCAUGCAAAUUCGCGAUGAAUAUUGUACUCUACCUUUAACAAAUAUUUAUCGUUUCUCUUGUAAUACUGUCGAUGUUCAAUUCCAAUGUAUGGAAUUUCGAUAUAUUUCUGACUCGUUCAUGAAAUCAAGAGCUCUUACAAUUUCAUUCAUGUAUUCAAUAAAUAAAAUAAAAUGGGAGCAGUUCAACGUAUAAAUUACGAAAGAAUUGAAGUAAAUAACUAUUAAUUAUCAUGGUAAUUUGCUAAAUGCGUGCCUUUCUUUUAGCUUAAAUGUAAGACUUCUGAAUACUAAAGUCGAUCUACAUUCUACAAUAUACUAUGUUUCUCCUAUUCCUAAUACUUUACAAGUUAAAUAAAACCUUAUGCUAGUAGAUGUAAAGCUUAAAGUUUAUUGCUACUUAUAGAGGAAAGUAUUAAAACCUUAUUGGUGAAUUUACUGAGUUUUCAAUAGGUACAUUCCCAAUUUUAUAUUAAUUGUAUAACAAAGUUAAGCUAGAAUUAAAUUAGUUAAGAUUCUGCCAUAUUUAUAAGCGAUACAAUCUCCGUCCAUUUUGUCAGCAUGUAUGUUACAGGUUAACUACGGAAUUGUUUAGAAUGUGAUAUUUAAUAUAGUAAUAGUUGUAGUUGUAAUAUGUGUAUAAAAUAAAGAUAACAUGUUUUAUAAAAAAAU